GAUAUCACCCCCGCGGAAGCUUCUUAUGUUUAUCGCACCUUCCUUCGGAACCUCAUAAACGGGGCAGGCGUCUAAGUUCAUAAGCGUCGCUUCCGCCCCGCUUCCGUUAGUUCGCCGCAUUUGUCACCGGAGCCUCCGCGGAACCUUAAAAUAGCCCCACCCCCUUUUUUUUCUCAAGCCAACCGCAACUUUUGGAGAUAAUUAUUACAACAACAUCACUGCACACUUAUAUAUCAUUUAAAAUUAUCGAAUCUAAGCUUAUACAAGUGUUAUAAUGCAUCCAUCACGCAAGGCCUGCGAUCUAUGCUACCGCAAGAAAAUUAAGUGUGAUGGAGAAACACCCCGCUGUUCUCCCUGCGUGAUUUACAAGUCCGACUGUACCUACAAGGCUUCUAGUCGGAAGACACCAUCCAAGAAGCAAGCCGCGGCUCAGAGACAAUUUCGGGAGGACUCCUUACAGUCUCGGAUCAAAACUCUUGAAGAUCAGCUAAGCACAGUCUUGGAAAAGGUUGAUAAGUUAGAAAAACAGUCCGGCUCUGAACAAAAUACUCCAAAUUCAACGCCGCGCCAUGCGAGCGAAGAAGAUACCAUGGUAGCUAACUGGGCUUCGAGCCUGCCUCCUAUCCUAGAGCUACCUCCACUUCAAGAAGUUCUGCCUAUAGUUGAACACUACCUCGCCACUUUCAAUACCAUCAUGCCUCUAUUUCACUCGGAGACGCUAUUACAGAAGAUUAAGGACUGGUACGAGAAUUCGCAUGUAAGGGAUACAGUUACUUGGGCAAUGAUUAAUGUCGUCCUUGCACUUUCUCCCCAUACCGGUUGGUCCAAUAACGUGGCUCAGACUGGCAAUGCCGCCGUAUAUUUGAACAAUGCACAGUCAGUCCUGACGGACGUUAUUAUGGGUAAAAUAGAUUUGAUCAAUAUCCAAGUACUUCUGGGGAUAGUCAUAUUAUUCCGGACAGCGGAUGAUUUGAGGCCAGCCUUAAUUCUGACUUCAACCGCUCUACGUCUAGCUCAUCGGCUUGGGCUUCAUAACCGGAAGGCUUCCGAGUAUCUAUGUCCAGUGGUAUCCUUACAGCGAAAUCGAGUCUUCUGGAUAGCUUAUAUCCUCGACAGGGAUAUCAGUUUAUUAUCCAGGUUAGCCCCCAUUCAGCUCGACGGCGAAAUCGACCUUAGUUUGCCACCAUCAGAAGCGACGGAUGAUUUGACAGGGUUCGUCUUUGCGGCAGAUGGUCGUACCAAGUUGAAUUUCUUUCGCGCCCGCGUGGAACUAGCAAGGAUCCAGGGGAAAGUCUACGAAUCUAUUUACUCGCCAUCCGCGCAGAAUGCUAAUUCCGAGGAGAGAACUAAAAACGUCUCGCGUACCUUGCGAAUGCUCGACGAGUGGAGCUCUGGACUUCCUACUGAAUUCAGCCUCGCGAGUUUGUCGCAAGCCAACGUCCCCGAAUUAUCAAGAUACCUCUGCCUUCUCUAUGCGACCCCUGUAUCGUGCCGGGCUUUACUUUGUUGUGCUAGCGCGUGGGACUCAUAUCACUAUUCCAAAUGGGUGGGACGCGUACAAGAUUAUGGAGAGCAAGUCGUCACAGGACAAGUUGUUUCCCAUGCACCAACACUACCGCACGGAUGGAAACAGCUUGUAGACGAAUCUCGAGAAUACCUAAAACUCUUCGCAACUGUUAUUCCGAGGGAUUCAUACUUUAUCCGGAUGACUUUAUGCGCAUACAAUUCGAGUACAAUCUGCCUUAUGGCCAAUAGUAUAAUUUCCGCCCGCAACAAACGGACCGAACAGAGCAGCGAGUUCGCAUGGACAGACACGAUCUUUUCGGAUGAUAUGGCAGAACAUAGCUAUCGUGAGAUACGGGAUGCUGUCAUGCGACUAGGGUUCUACGCGAACAACAGAUCCCAAAUGGUGCCCCUAAAGUGAUGUCGCUAAAGUAGAGCAUUGUAAUGGAUAUACCAAGUCUUAGAUAGCUUGUCGGGAUGUCUAAGUCGCAAUACCUAGACGCUUAAUAAUAAUAAUCUGGGGGUAACUGACAGGUUUGAAAGGGUAAUAUAUUGUCAGCCGGACCCUCGGCUUCAUAUUGACGUAGUACUGUUAGCAGCGUCAAUCUUUGUUGCACACCAUUAGUGGUCUUUUCAAAGGGCAGCGAAAUUGAUUCAUCGAGAGCCGAUCCUUCUAUUUUCCCCGCCGAAACGGUGGGCGUCACGACAUUAAUCUCGCACGCCGAUAGUUCUAGUCGGAUGGCUGGUUACUACAUCUAAUACGGCUACCUACAUUAUUUGAGUAGGAUCUCACGGAAGACUACGUACAUCAAAUGUCUUACAUAGUCCAUGAUCAUUUACCCCGAACUCCGGAAAACGCGUGGCACACUUUCAUAUUUGCUUUAGUGGAGAUGUCAUUCUUGUUUUCUCGAUUGAUGGAUGCCACGGAAUAAAUCAGCCGCUGUCGUCAUAAUGUCUGAGAUUUUAUUGCUUAUUAAAUCCGACCCCCACA